CUGCGGGUGAAGUUCUAUGAAGAAACCAAACUGCGAACUUGGCGAUCUCCGUCCGCCCCUUCCCUGUAGGGAGUUCCUGGAGGAAAGAGGCGGGCCCAACGCCUAGCUGCCGGGCAGUCAGAACCUCUCCCCACGAUGCUGCUGCUGUGGGUGUUGGUGAUGGCAGCCUCGGCGCUGGCGGUCCUAGCUCCAGGGGCAGGUGGGCAGAGGCGGGGAGCAGCUCACGCUUGGCCCGAUGCGCCUAACGUGGUGCUGGUUGUGAGCGACUCUUUCGAUGGAAGGCUAACAUUUUAUCCAGGAAGUCAGGUAGUGAAACUUCCUUUUAUCGACUUCAUGAAAGCACAUGGCACUUCCUUUCUGAAUGCCUACACAAACUCUCCAAUCUGUUGCCCAUCGCGCGCAGCUAAUGUUAUUAUCCACAUUUUGCAGAUGAAAACUGAAGUACAGAAAGCAAUGUGGAGUGGUCUCUUCACUCACUUAACAGAAUCUUGGAAUAACUUUAAGGGCCUAGAUCCAAAUUAUACAACAUGGAUGGAUGUCAUGGAGAAGCAUGGCUACCGAACACAAAAAUUUGGAAAACUGGACUAUACUUCAGGACAUCACUCUGUUAGCAAUCGUGUGGAAGCAUGGACAAGAGAUGUUGCUUUCUUACUCAGACAAGAAGGCAGGCCUAUGGUUAAUCUUUUCCCUAAAAAGACGAAAGUAAGAGUUAUGGAAAAGGACUGGAGGAAUACAGACAGAGCAGUAAAUUGGUUAAGAAAGGAAGCAAUUAAUUACACUCAACCAUUUGUUCUGUACUUGGGAUUAAAUUUACCACACCCUUACCCUUCACCAUCUUCAGGAGAAAAUUUUGGAGCUUCAACAUUUCGCACAUCUCUUUAUUGGCUUAAAAAAGUAUCUUAUGAUGCCAUCAAAAUCCCAAAGUGGUUGCCUCUGUCAGAAAUGCACCCUAUAGAUUAUUAUUCUUCUUAUACAAAAAACUGCACUGGGAAGUUUACAGAAAAAGAAAUUAAAAAUAUUAGAGCAUUUUAUUAUGCUAUGUGUGCUGAGACAGAUGCCAUGCUUGGUGAAAUUAUUCUGGCUCUUCGUCAGUUAGAUCUUCUUCAGAAAACUAUUGUCAUAUACACCUCAGACCAUGGAGAGCUGGCCAUGGAACAUCGUCAGUUUUAUAAAAUGAGUAUGUAUGAGGCUAGCGCCCAUGUUCCGCUCUUGAUAAUGGGACCAGGAAUUCAGGCCAACCUACAAGUAUCAAAUGUGGUUUCUCUUGUGGAUAUUUACCCUACUAUGCUUGAUAUUGCUGGAAUUCCUCUGCCUCAGAACCUGAGUGGAUACUCUUUGUUGCCGUUAUCAUCAGAAACACUUAAGGAUGAAGAUAAAUUCAAAAACCUACAUCCGCCCUGGAUUCUGAGUGAAUUCCAUGGCUGCAAUGUGAAUGCUUCCACCUACAUGCUUCGCACUAACCAGUGGAAAUAUGUAGCCUACUCUGACGGUGCUUCAGAAUUGCCUCAACUCUUUGAUCUUUCCUCAGAUCCAGAUGAACUAACAAAUAUUGCUACAAAAUUUCCAGAAAUUACCUUUUCUUUGGAUCAGAAGCUUCGUUCCAUUAUAAAUUACCCUAAAGUUUCUGCUUCUGUCCACCAGUACAAUAAAGAGCAGUUUAUCAAGUGGAAACAAAGUGUAGGGCAAAACUAUUCAAAUGUGAUAGCAAACCUUCGGUGGCAUCAGGAUUGGCUGAAAGAGCCGAGGAAGUACGAAAGCGCCAUCGACCAGUGGCUUAAAACCCACACCAAUCCAAAAAACAGUGAACAAAAAUAAGAAAAUAAUGUUUUAGAGCUACAUGGAAAUACACAAAAAGAUCAUGAUUAGUUAUAUAUUUUAAAUGUUAGUUUUAAUAAUCACUGAUUUUAGUUACUUUUAAAGAAUGUAUGCUAUUUUAAAACAAAAUACAUUAUAGAAGUAUGUAUUUUCAAAAAUGAUUACUAUCAAGACCUCACUCUUACCAGCUUCUAACAACUUAGAAGUAUUAAAAGGAUGGAAGCAAAUAAUAUAAUAUAAUGUUAUGUUCCUCUGAAUAAUAUGGAAUACAGAAUAUUUUAACAAUUAUUGAUUAUUACUUAUGAACUAUAAAAUAAUUAUUUGUGAGUAUUUGACUGUGUUUGAUGAGUUAUUUGUAUUUGAUGGGACAUAGACCAUUUGGAUGUAGUAAUGGGAGUAUGUGGAGUAUCCGAUGGGACACAGACCCUGGAUAUGGCUGACUUUAUUACUGUUUUUUCAACUAUGUAAUAUAUGCACAAGGUACAAGCAUCAAAAGGUACUUACUAAAGGGUUAACAGUGAGCAUGAUGUCUCCCUCCUUUCACAGUCCCCCAGCCACCUGGCUCCCCUUUCCUGGAGACAACUACUGUAACCACGUUCCUGUGUAUCCUUUUAGAGACAGACCAUCCACCUACAAACAAACUUUAUAUAUAGUUUUUCCCUACACACAAAUGGUAGCAUCCUAUACAUAAUGUUCUGCAUCUUGCUGUUUUUUUCCCCACUUAACAAGAGAUACAUAGAAGUGAAAUUGCUGGAGUAAGAAUAUAUCCAGCAAAAUUAUACCAAAUUACCCCUAAAGAAGUUAUACCAAUUUAUACUCUCACCAGCCAUGCAUGUACUCACAUCUUUUGCCAAACUGAUAAAAAAUAUUUUAUUUUCAUUUUCAUUAUUAUGAAUAGAUCAUCUUUUCAUAUGUUUCAUAGUUAUUGGAAUUUCCUUUACUGUGACCCUUCCUAUGCCUAUUUUUCUGUUGGUUAUUGUUUUUUUUAUUAUAGGCAUAAUUUACAUAUUAGUUCUUUGUAACAGAAGCUGCAAAUUUUUUUUAUUUUCUUUUUUUUUAAGAUUUUAUUUUUCCUUUUUCUCCCCAAACCCUCCAGUACAUAGUUGUGUAUUUUUAGUUGUGAGUCCUU